AUGCCAACAACAACAUAAUAUUACUUCAUUUAGAUGAAUGAUGACUAUCAGAUGUAUACAGAAUAAUUUUAGAUUAAUCCAAAUGAUUAUAAUGUGAAAUCAUAUUUUUCAUAUGGAAUUUGGAGUAGAUACACUCCAUUAGGUAGAAACAAUCAAGUUGGAACAAUAGGAAUACUUGACAGUUCAUGUUUUCAUCUUCACAAUGCAAUUGGACAAUCUUCAAGAUUAUUAAAUUUCUUAGUUUUUGAUUGUCUUGAAUAUCCAAUAUAAAUAAUAAAAAGAAGAAUAUCUUUUAAAGCUUCAAAUGAUAAGUGGUAUCAUAUUGAAGCAAUUAUAGACAAUUUUUCAUAUGAAUAUGUUUGGCAUUAUUUUGAAAUAACAUCCUGGCCAUUUGAAUAGAAACUUUAAAUAAUUUUUAUUUAAUAAAAAAAAACAAUAUUAAAUAAAUUAAUAGAUGUGAGUUUUCCAUACAGUGAUUUAAAUUUAAUUUUAACUUUUGGAGGUGGUCUAUAUAUAGAUCAAUAUUAAAAUAUCCCUUCGAUAGAAGAGGGGACUAAAUUUUCUUUUUUUCCAGGAAAGAUGUAGUUAUACCCUUUAUCAAAUGGAGAAAACAAAAAGAAGACAGAUUAUUUAUAUGUAAUUAAUUAUUUUUAACGAACUGAAUGCAUUUGCUCUUUUAAUAUUGAAAGUGAUAUACCUGAUAGAGAUUUAAAAUUUCUAUAAUCAUAAAUAUUUACAUCUUAAUAUUCUAAUUGUAAUAAUUUUGCUUUAAAGACAUGGAUUAAGAUAAAUAAUAUCAAAGCUGAAGCUUUAUCAUUCACAUACUAAUUAAUGAAAUUAUCAGCUGUUUUUAGUAACUCAAAAUUAACAAAUGAAAAUUUAGCAGCAUUUUAAUUAUCUUAUAUGGUAUCACCAAUAGGAAAUAAAAUUCUCAUAACUACUUACAGUUAUACAUUCCCAUUAGUUAAUAUAGAUUUUUCUGAUAAUCCAUUUUUGAUUUAAAGAGAAAUAGAUAUUUUUAAUGAUAUUAGACUAUGGCAUUAUAUUUCAUUAGGUGUAAUAGAUAAUGAAUUUUAACUUUAUAUAACAUUCUAUGAAGAUUUAAUGGAAUAUUAUUAUGAUAUUUUUGAAUCAGUGAAUCAUUUUCAUAUGGUAAGACUAUAAUUAGAAUAUGGUAAUGUUUAGAAAUAAUCAACAAAUUAUCUUGAUGUUUAAUUUAUAAAUUUAAAUUUUGAAAAUUGUCCUUAUUUCAUAGAUUCUUUUGCAUUUUGUCAUUAUAGUUGUGAAAGAUGCGAUGGGCCUACUAGUACAAAUUGUCUAUCAUGUUUUUAAUUUUCAAAUAGAAUUUAUUUACCUGAACACAAAUCUUGUAUAUGUCCAUAUGAUACUAUUGAUAAUUAUUAAUGUUAAGGUUAUUAAGAAUUAGAAUUAUCUCUUAAUUAGAAUGAUUAACCAUUAACUAGAUGUUAAUUUGGUUAUUUUUAGUUUGAUAAUGAAUGUUUAUAAUGGUAAUAAUAAUUUAUAUAUUAGUCCAUCAAUAAUAUAAGAGAAAUUUAUGACAUGUUUAGAUUGUUUGUAUAAUCCAGAAUCAUGGUAAACUAAACUAUUUUGUGAAAUCAAUUUAUCUUUUUAUGAUGAUGGCUAAAUAUCAAAAUAGAUAAAGGAAAUAAAACAAUACUUUAUUUCAGAUAGUAAUGAAAUUAAUUUUUGCUCAUGGUGCAAUAGUUUUGAUUAUUCUUUAUAUGAAGAUUAUUAGUUUCAUACAUAAGAAUUCUAAUAAUUAUGUCUAACUACUGAUAUUGAUAAAUUAUCAAUAGAAUAGAAAUAGAAAUGCUAUAAAUGUGAUUUAGUAAAUUGUCUAGUUUGCAAAAUAACUCUUUUUAAUUUGGAAUGUAUUUAAUGUAAAGAGUUAAUGGUAUAAAUAAAUGGAAAAUGUUAAUUAUCAUUCUUAAACCCACAAUCUUAAAGUUGUAUUAAACCAUAUUAUUUUGAUUCAUAAAAAAAUUGUAAAUUAUGUGAUAUUGAGUAUUGUAAAUAUUGUUUUGAAUAUUCAACUAAUGAUUUAAAUAAAUGUACAUUAUAUUACAAUUUUAUUUAAUUUGAUAAGGAUGAAUUUCAUAAAAUAGGUUGUGCUCUUUGUGAAAAUGGAUUUAUAUUUGAUUUUAAUAAAGGUAAAUGUCUAUACAAUAAACCAUCUAUUUAGAAUUGUAUAAGAUCUUAUUUAAACUUAGAUAAUAUGGAAAUUUGUACAUUAUCUUAAAUUGAUGAUUUUUAAAUUGCUCCUGAGAUUAAUAAUUGUUUUAAUUAUAUUGAGAAUUGUAAAUAAUGUAUUUAAACUCCAUAUAAAGAAAUUAAAUGUAUUUUGUGUGAAGAUGGUUAUACUGCUUCAAUUCAAACAGGAUUAUGUUAUUAAUGUUCUAUUGUAAAUGUUAAAACUUGUAUAGAAGGAUAAUUUGAUUUAUAAGAUGGUUGGAUACAAUUAGUUUAAAGCUUUCUAAUGCAAUUUCGAAAUAACUAUUUUUAUCCCACAACUUAAAAUAUCAAUAAAAUUUCUGAGUUACCUAUUGAAUGUUAAGAUGGAUUUUAAAUUAUUUCAAAAUUUAAAUGCAUUUAAUACUGUGAUCCAAGUUGUUUAUCAUGCAUAGAAUAAAAUAGUUAAUUCCAUUGUAAUUAAUGUCCUUUAAACUAUUAUAAAUAAUCGAUUAAAUCUUCUGAAAACGGUAAAUGUAUUAAAUGCUCUUAAUUAUGUUUGGUUUGUUAAUCAAGAACAAAAGAAGAAAUUAAUGUAUAAAUAUUUUAUAUACACUAGAAAAUAAAUCCUAAAUUUGAAAUAAAUAAUUCAAAUUAGUUUUACACCCAUAAAUGUUUGGCAAAAAUCUAAGAUAAAAAUAUUGCUAUAGAUCCUUAUACAAAUAUAGCCAAUUAUUGUUAUAAUUCUUAAUGCUCUGAUAAUUUAGUAUUUAAUGUAUUGAAAAUAAUUAAAUAUUAAGGUUGAUGUAAUAUGUAGCAAAUUAGUUGAGUUAUUUGAUGAGAGAUUUCCUGAAAAUUAUGAAAAAAAGAUUAAUAUUAAAUAUUG